GAAGAUUAAGAUCAGUAUGUUGAAUUCAUAAAUCAGACAAUUUUUUUCAUAAUAAUCGUAUCUACUGGAAUAUUUUAAUGGAUAAACGGCACGUUUCCAGUGAACAAUAUUCGUUAUUCGGUUGAUGAGUCGUAUUAUGUUGUCCACGAUGGCCAAAAUCACGUUGUCAUUAUGGAGGAUGUUGAUCACCCUAUCAAUUCUUCUUCAAGGAACAGCAUAUGGUGAUAAAUUCGAGGAAGUUUUCCACUGGAAACAGUUAGUUCAUGCGAGAGACUUGAAACCAGAUUCCGGCGAUAUCGUGUUCGAAAAACAGCCAGUUGUUAAUACUAAUGAGACCUUCGUCAGCUAUAAUAACAUCCCUAUGGGGGUUACACACCACAAAGGUCGCCUUUUCAUCGCAAUCCCAAGAAGACGGCCAGGAGUUCCUGCUACAUUGACCACGAUUGACAUCUCCAGUGCCAAACAAGGCAUGAAGAGCCCUCCAUUGAAUGCAUAUCCAGAUUAUAUAGUUAAUCAAUUACAUAAUGACUAUCACGCAGACCCUAAGCGCAUUGUUUCAGUGUAUCGUUCAAAAGUGGACGCAUGCGAACGUCUGUGGUUCAUUGACACCGGCAUGCUCGAAUAUCCCGAUAAUCCAAUGCAGGUGCAUCGCCCACAACUGUGGAUCAUUGAUCUCGCGAGAGAUCGUAAGGUUCGCACGUUCGAAAUACCCGAAGCGAUCGUUCAGCAGGGAAUCGGAAUGGCCAGUUUAGUCGUGGACGUUGAAGCUGGCAGCUGUGAUAAGGCAUUUGCUUACAUUCCUGAUUUGGUACAGGGAGCAAUUUAUGUGUAUAACUUCGAAGCAAAUCGAAUGUGGGCCUUCAGACAUAGUACCUUCCAACAUGAUCCUCAACGGGCCAGUUUCCAUGUGGCUGGUCUUCAUUUCGAUUGGGAUGAUGGUAUUUUUUCAAUAACCUUGGGUAAAAAAGAUCCCUUGACACAAUCCAGGCCCGUUUACUAUCAUCCUAUGGUAAGCACGUCGGAGUUCAUGACAACCACCGAAACACUGCAAAACGAGGGUUUGGCUAACUCUGGUGGUUACGAGAAUCUUUUCCAAAACCUUGGCGAGCGAGGACCAAACACACAAUGUACAAUGCAUCACUAUGAUCCCGGAACGGAGACCAUUUUUUAUGCACAGGUUAAUAGAAACUCAAUCGGUUGCUGGAACACAAAGAGCAAUUUCACCGCCGAAAACCAUGACACCGUCCAUCUCGACAAUAAGCGAAUGAUUUAUCCAACCGAUUUGAAUGCUGACGUCGAUGGAAAAAUAUGGGUAUUAUCUAACAGUUUACCCAUCUGGAUUUAUUCGCAAUUGGACGUGAAUCAGUUCAAUUUCCACAUAUGGCGUCAAACACCACGGAAAGCAAUUGCCGGUAGUAAGUGUGAGAUAUGAGGAAUGUUCUGAAUGCUUCGACACAAAGCGUGCAAUUUGUAACUGAUUUAUAAUGAAGGAUUUUAUUCUACAACGAAAUUGUCAUUAAACUAAAGGUGAUCAAAUACAAACAUAUCAGACAUCUAA